CAAGAUCAAAUUCUGCUCCAAGUCCACCUGGAGCUGAGCUGAGCAUAGCUGAGGAUAGGCUACUUGCGGGGUUACGUAAACCCCACACCUCACUCUGAGCUCAGCCCGGCCUGAUGCUGCCAUGGCCCCGACGACCCAUGCACUACGCGCUUCUUUGAGCACUGGGUGACACGGAGCCACCUCGCCACCAUUCCCAGACCGGAGCGAGGCGUUGCAUGUUCUCCCCGUCGAGAACAUGUCAGUCGGUCUCCGCUCCGUUCCAAUUGCGAGCGCAGGACCCCAAGCGCGGCCGUCGAGAAUCAUUCGGGCGCCAUGGAGCAAAACUUUCUCGAUCUGCAGGCUGGACUGUUUUCAGGUCUCCCCUCCGGCCUCCCUGCCUGCUCAGCCGGCUGGGGGUCGAAGAAAGAAAGAAAGUAAAAUCCACUGCCACCACUCACUCCCUCGCUCGCUCGCUCGCUCGAGUGGAAAGUGGUGAGAUGUGAUGUGAAGGCUGUCAGCAGCUCUUGUCAAAGGCCAGAGGGGCUUUUUCACGUGUCGAAUAGAGCACUGUUGAAUUGUUAAAGGAGCCCGGAUUGAGGGAUUGAAGUUUGGGCCGGUGCAAGCGAGAGACCAUGAAGAGAGCUCGGGGAAAAGGUUAGAAUAUUUGGUGGAUGUGAACAAGUGGCAGCUUCAAAUCCCGUGCUGGUCACAAAAGCGGGCAGAAAAUGCUGCGAGUUCAUCAGCGGGGGGGCGUGAUGCGCGACCCUUGACCCAAGAAAUCCAAAGAGCAUAUCGGAUGGAAAGGAGAGAUGUGACACAUUUUAGGCCAAGGCACCACCACGUGACCUGUAGGGGGGAAUAGUGCGGGAACGACAACAUGACCCAAGAGCAGAACGAGGCGGGGUUUUAUUUCGGGUGCUGGCGGGCCCACCGACUCGGCUCCACCAUCACGGCUGCCUCCGUCCACUGUGAUCAAAGCUCAGCUGGUCAACCAGGCAUCAUUUCUCUCGCUUCUGCUCCAUCUUAUGACGCCAUGGAGCUCAUGAGAGCAUUUAUCCAACUUCUCACCGGCACUUCUUGCUCCUGUCACCACAAGAUACAAACGUUCCAUGCGUCUGUACCAAUCAAUGGCUGGCUGAAUCAAUCUUCUCUUUCUUUUUGUGACUGUCCCUUCGUCCAGAGCCCAGCCCAGAGCCCAGAGAGCCCCGGUCAGUGAGUCAGACGAUUCUGCCUCUGCCACUAGGGCCCCCCCCCCCCCCCCCCUCCGAUUUCCUUCCCGACUUCCCCACCACCAUCAAGGCAUCUAAUCUGCAUCUUUACGUUUUUGCUUUGCUCGCUCACUUGCAUCCACUUCCUUAUUGUAUAUGCUGUUCCUACCGUAUCCAACAUGCACUGUAUUGCAGAGCUCAGCUCAGAUCAGCUCAGAUCAGCUCAGCUCGUCUGCAGCCAGCCCCAUCAAUCCCUAUGACAUAGGUAGUAGACUCAUCCCUCCCUCCCUCCCUCCAUCCCCUCGCCCCGUCAGAACUACCUCGCUGCAUUCGUGUGUACGCGGCCAGGGAGUUACUGCUCGAGGAGCGCACAACGUCCAGUAGUUCCAGUCGGAAUAGAUCGGUAGAGUAGAGUAGCCCCCCCCCCGGGACUAUAUCGUAUCCUCGUCCCCUUCCGCGCCGUCCCCGUCGUCCGUCCCCCUCCUCCUCCUCCUCCUCCUUGUCCUCGCGGCCUUCUUUUCCCUUUGCGUCGCUUUGUUCCCCUCUCUUUGGCCGUGGAAAAGGGCAAAUAAGCAACACAGCGCCGGAGGGGACGAGAUUUUUCCCGAAUUUUCUUUUGGGAAAAAGGUCGCUCUCGCAGCAGCAUUUCUGUUCCAGAGCCAUAAAGGCUGGGGUGGCAGGAGCAGUUUGUACAUGGGAGGAAUGGGAUUUAGAGGCUCCAUUGCUGCAGCAGCUGCAGCUCGACACGAUUGGCCCAGGAGUGGAGUGGGCCUGCACAAGUCUGGACUGAGUGCAGUAUGCUGUAUCUUUUGGCAGGCUCGCAGGCUCGCAGGCAGGCCUUCUUUAUGGUGCUCUCUAUCAUAUUUCGUCUGUCUGGGCGCUCGGGCGUUGGCGUAGCACGCACUGCCAUCUUUCGGGUGUCGUUCGUGUACACUGGGGAUUUACGUUACUGGUAGCCCGAUAGGCAGGCCCCAUCUCAACGCGAGCAGUAGAAAUAGAAAUGCUCGAUGCCAUGCUAGUCUACGAGUAGCGUACGUCCCGUGGAAUCGGAUAGGGGAUGGAGUAUUUCUGCCGGCAGAGGUGGGCGAUUGAUCCAACUCCACCUCUCUCUGACACCGGCCCCAAUGCAUUAGUUUAUUGUAGAUUGAGCUCCCACGAGAUUUUAUUUCUUCCGUUUGUUGAUUGGCAUUCAGUUACGACCACGAAUCCCGGACGCAUUGAAUCGCUCGCUCCAUUGUUCCAUUGUUCCUGCUGCCCAGGCCCCUAAUUCUCUCCAGCCAAAUGUGUCGCCAGCAUACCAGCGCCAUGGAUCCCCGUGGAGACCAUAGCUCUUGCUCAUUUCAUUGCGUCGAGGUCUGGAAAUAACUAUUUCUAUUUUUUCGCAUUUCAUAUCGCAUUUUGUAUUUCUCAAUUUUGU